AUGGAUGGAAGCUUACGAAUUCCAUUCGACAUGUUUGACAUGCAGGAGGAGGACCCGUACGCAGCAUUAGCAACUUCAGUGCGUAGGGAGUUGGAAACCUUGCUUCCUUUACCUCAUAAACGUUGCAUCUUCCAAGUUCCCGACCGGCUUCGCCAGUUGAACGAUAAGGCCUAUACGCCUCGAGUAAUUUCGAUCGGUCGCCUUCACCAUGGCCAGCAAAUUUUCAAGCCAAUGGAACUGUACAAAAGAAGGUUUCUAAGAGAUUUUCUUGUACGAACCAGGGUUAGUGUUAAGGAUUGUGUUAUGAUUGUUAAAGACAGAGAAGCCAAAUUGCGUGAUUGCUUUGCCCAAAUUAUUGAGCUCUCCAGUGAUGACUUUCUGAAAAUGGUCUUGUUUGAUGCAGUCUUCAUUGUUGAACUCUUGUUUAGGUACAAUUUUGGUGAACUUUGGAAUGAUCAUAUACUUGGCUGCCCUCGGAUGAUACACGAUAUUCAGCUAGAUUUGUGCAUGAUUGAGAAUCAGCUCCCCUUUUUCAUUCUCGAAGAUUUGUUUAAUCUGGCCAUUGAAUCCGCGUUUUACUGUGACGAAUUUUCCAUAAAAAACAUGGUCCUCAAAUUUGGGAUAUGGGCAUGGGGACCUUAUGUCAGAGAGGAAAAUUUGCAACAAGAUUUCUCUCAUGUUGAACAUGUUGUGGACUUGCUAUGGCUUUGUUUUCAACCCACAUCCUUUUCUUUCAAAACUGAAAUAAAAAACUUCAAGAUUCCCAGUGCAAUGGAGCUCCAACAAGCAGGAGUCAAACUUAGACCAGGGUCGAGUAAAAACUUGUUCGACAUAAGAUUCAACAAUGGGGUUUUGGAAAUUCCGCAGUUGCUUGUAAUGGACCGAACCAAAGUUAUAUUCAGAAAUCUCAUGGCGUACGAGCAACAUUACUGUUCCAGAAACUAUGUAACCGACUAUGUGACACUGAUCAGUUUCCUUGUCAAGUCUCCGAGGGAUGCACAACUGCCUAUUAAAAAUGGAAUCAUUGAAAAUUUUUUGAAGGAUAGUGAAGAAGUUUCGACCCUUUUUAAGGGCCUUGUUGAAGAGGUUCGAGUCAGUAGGAAAAACUUUGAGCUUGCUCGUGUGGUUGAAGAUAUGAGAGCAUACUGUAAAUCUCGAUGGCAUAGGUGGAAUGCGACCUUGAAACAAGAUUACUUCAACUCUCCAUGGCGCAGCCUGUCUAUUAUAGCAGCUACUCUUCUCCUACUACUAACUCUUGUACAAACUGUUUGUGCGGUUAUUCAAGUCAUCUAGACUAGCUUAUUUGUUAUUCCCUUUCAAUUCAGAGGUUUUAAAGUACUCAAAUUACACAAAAUCAAAUAAAUGAA